AACUGUGAGAAAAUAAAUUUCUGUUGUUUAAGCCCCCAGUCUGUGGUGUUUUGUUCUGGUUGCCACGCUGACUAACAUCUUGCAUCCUCCAUGUCUGCCUCUUAAUUUUUCCUUCUCCUUUAACUACAUACAUACACACUUUCCUAGUCAGGGGAAAAAAAAAAACUUUUACCUUGAUUUCCCUUCAAAUCAUGAUUCCAUCUCAUUCCUUCAAUUCUCAAAUUUUCAAGAGACAUUCUUUACAUCAUUGUAAUUUAUUCUGUCCUCCACCAUUUUCCUAUAGGGCACCAAUAAUUUCUAAUUAUCCUAACCAUGUUGAGUUCUCUGCAUUAUUUAAAAUUGCUGAAUACCUUGUCUUGCUUCAAAAUUUCCCUUUCUUGAGGCUUCCAUGAUGUUGUACAACUCUGGUCCUUCUGUAUUCUCUAAGCACUUAUUUCACAGGCUUCUCUUCCUCCUCUUACAACCAAUGGCUCUCCAGUCUCCUAAACUCUGCAAGGUUGUGUCUUUGGUCUUCAUUAUAGUCUACAUUUCCUCUCUUCGAGAUCUCAUCUGUCCCUGUAUCUACAAAUGCCACCUGCAGGCAGAUGACUCCUAAAUCUCCUACUGUACCCUCAGCAAUUCUCCUGAUCUCCAGAUCUACAUUUCCAACUAUCUAUUGGUCAUCUCCACAUGGUGACUGCACCAGUAUAUUCCACACAACAUAUCCAAAACUGCACUUAUCUCCUCAAAAAACACUUUCUCCUCUUAACUUUUGCCUCAUUGUUGAGGCUCAAAAUCCAUUUUUAUCUUCACUUUCCAAUGUCAAACCAAUCCCUAAGACUUGUUCAUUCCCUCUGAACUUACUUCUGUCUCUCCUCUCCCUUCCAUUCCCAUAACUACUACUCCAGUUACCUCUCAUCCAGACAGUUUUAUAGUCUCACAUUUGAUCUCAAUACUUUUGGUCCAGGGGUCACAAACUGGAAAUCCACAGGCAAAAUCCAACCAGCAGAUGUGUUUUGUCUGACCUACCAUGAUGUAUUUUCAAAAUCUGUGUUAGCUGCCAAAUUUAAAGAUUAGAAAUCUGGAUUCCUAUUGAUUAUUGAAAAAAAUGAGAUUAACUGGUGGCACUAAGCCCAUAUUCUGAAUUGGAAAAAUUUCCUAGAGCUGAAGUUGUCCCCUUUAAACUGAACACUUGCCCUUUAUACCCUAUUGUCUUAGACUAAACGUUUCAAUUACUUACAUAACUUGUCCAGCUACUGUAGGCACUGGAGGCGGUAACCCAUGCUUUACUGUCCAUACCUACUAAUCCAAUUAAUAGAAAGUGACCUUCCUGAAAGUCAAACCUAAUAUUAUCCUAUAAUAAAAGCCUUCAAUGGUUCAGGAUCACCUAGAGAAUAAAACACAAUUUCCUAGCAUGGCGUUUAAAGCCAUCUACAAACUGCUCUCCAUUUCCCACUACUUGCCUUCCCUUCACUGCUGUCACAUACACCCUUACCACCAGCAUAGUCGAUUAAUUUUAAUUUUGUUCCCUGAAAACGCUCUACAAUUUUUUGUUCGGCUUCUUUGUUCAUCAUAUUUGCUCCAUCUGCACUAUCUCCUCCAUACCCCACCCCCUACACAUCUACUGAAAUCUUACUCCUCCAUCCUUACCUAUUUCAGAUUCACUGGCCACACAGACUUUUUCCUUUUUUCCCCAUGCACCCACAUGGUGGGGCCCUAAGAUACAUCAAGUACAAAAUGACCCACUGGGACAAAAGUACAAUAACACCCCACUUAGUCAUUCUGUAGGACCACAGGGCAGCAGCUGUAGAUUUUACAAGUCUCCUAUCUGGUGUUUUCGUUCUGUAUCAUCUACCUACCCAAUAACAACAGGAAUUGGUCUUGUUAAUAUAAGAAGAAUAUUUAGUACGUUUUUGCCACAUAGGCACUAUGCGAAGUAUUUUACCUGUAUUAUCUCAUUUAAUCCUUAUGACAAUCCAUAAAUCACAAACUAGUACAUUACACCAAUGAAAAAAUUUAGAGAGAUUAAGUGACUUUCUCAGGGUUACAUGGCUAGUAAGUGGUAGUUUCAGUACACAAAAUCAGGACUGUCGGAUUCUAAGGCCUAUGGACUUUCUACUAAAUUACCCUGGAGCUGAGCAAUUUCCUGCUUUUGAGGUGUCCUCACUGCAGAAGAAUCAUUAGGGAUUAGGACAGGAUCUAGAGGAAGAAACAUGAAAGAUUCUGAUCUACGCUUUAAGAGAAAAGAGUCAAUAUGGUCUUCAAGGUUUUUAUACUGUCAAGACAAUUCACUAAGAUAACAAGAGAGAUAGUGAUAAAGAGAAGAAUGCCUAGCCAGGAAAGAAGAACACAGGUACAAAAAACACAUUUGGCUGGAAAUUUCUGGAUUUAUAUCUCUUGACAACCUAAACAAUCAGCAACAGAUGGAGGUACAAAUGCAACAGAAGCUAAAGGAAAGCUAUUAUCUGGAAGAGUGACAAGAUGGAAUUCCAAAAUUUGAGAGUCGCAAUCAAAGAGCCAUCUUCUCUACUGAAUUGAAUCAGCUCAGUUGUAUAGUACUUUCAACAACAAAAAGCCCAUUAAAGAAGAGAAAAUUGAAUGUUUUACCACUUUAUUAGUCUUUCAAAUUACAUUACUUAAUAUAUACUAAUUUUCUAUUAAUAUAGGAAAUAGAAGAAUUCUGAAAACUAAGCCAUGCAGAAAUAGUCUAAAAACCGGACAGGCAGAGGGACCCAGCAGAGACUAGCAAAGCCUGUAAGUCAUCACAUUCCAUCAGAAACAUCCAGAUGAAACCAGACGAAAAAGCACUUCAACAAUAUUCCUAAACAGCUGCUGGGACUGCUGAACUCAGAAACACAGCAAGAGAUCAUAUCUGAAUUAUGGCUCAGAGUGACUUCCUCUACCCAGAUAACCCAAGGAGGCGGCAAGAAGUAAACCGUCUUCACCAGCAGCUCCUUGACUGCUUAUCGGACAGCUUCCACGCCACCAAUAAACUAACGGAGGUCUUAAAUACACACUUGGGUUGCAGUCUGGCCUCCAUUGAGAUGAAAAAAGAUGGGACCAUCAAAGAAAACUGCGAUAUCAUCAUCCAAGCCAUGAUGAAAAUCCAAAAGGAGUUGCAAAAGGUCGAUGAAGCACUAAAAGAGAAACUAGAGCCAACUCUCUACAGAAAACUUCAGGAUAUUAAGGAACGGGAAACAGAGAAAAUUGCAAUAGUACAAAAGGUUAUUUCAGUCAUCCUGGGAGAAGCUACUUCUGCAGCCAGUGCAGUGGCUGUAAAACUCGUGGGCUCAAAUGUCACAACUGGCAUAAUUAACAAGUUGGUCACUGUAUUAGCUCAAAUUGGUGCUUCUCUCCUUGGCAGUAUAGGAGUUGCUGUUCUUGGCCUUGGCAUAGAUAUGAUCAUCCGUGCCAUCCUGGGAGCAGUGGAGAAAACGCAGCUGCAAGCAGCCAUCAAAAGUUACGAGAAGCACCUGGUGGAAUUCAAGUCAGCCUCAGAAAAAUAUCAUCAAGCCAUUACUGAGGUCACCAACACAGUGAAACAUCAAAUGAAAUAAACAGCCACUUUAUGUGCCACUGGAAUAUUUUUCUUCUUCUCUCUCAAUAAUAGUUUUGCUUCUUUGAUUAGGUUCAUUUUCCUUAAGUUUCCAACAUAGGCAUAAAUACAGUAAACAACUGGGAAAUAGAAAUUAGAGAUGCUAAAACUAGACGACUCCAGUUUCCCAUUAACAAUGAAUGCCUGGAUCAGUGUGUGCUGGACCCUGUGGUGUAAAAGAUUCUAUGUCGGGACGUCUUCUCACUCUGCUCUACCAGAUGAAAAUUAGCGUAAAUGCUAUUGUAGAGCAGCAGGUGUAGGGGGUACCUUUUCCUUUUCUAAUUCCCAGUCAAAAUUCUUAAAAUUUACAUUGAAUGCAAAGACUUUCAUUUCUACCACCAGGUUUGGACAUCAUUUUGUUGAAAGGGGACAUACUUAGUAAAUUCUUCCUGGACACAAAUCCUGGGUCUUCAGAUGGAACAGAAUUACUACUGUAAUUUUUACUAUCAGUUUAAAUCAAAUUUUCUGUAAACUGGAAGAGACUGAAAUAAGGUUUGUAACAAUUUACUUCAAUGAUGAAAGGAGGCAAUGGUUCUGUAAACCACUAUUACACACCAUAAUCUGAAUGGAUUUGUAAAAGAUAAAAAUUAAAACUAGGUUCUGUUUCUACAGUUGCAAUCAACCCUGACUAACCGUGGUGUGAUUAAAUAUCCCUUAAGUGAAAGUUUGAACACUCUGGAACAUUUGAAAAACCAACAAGCAAAUCCUAGCUAUAAAUGCAUAAAAUGCAUUUAGGAUGCGGGAGAGGAAGUAGCUAGUCUUUUAAGAAUUUGUCAUUUAGAGGUGGGUCAAAAUUGAUCACCUUAUGGGUUUUCAGAAAAAAGAAAUUUCAUUUUCAAUACUAGCAGAAAGGAGGAAGUUGCCCCUGCUAUACAAAGCUUUAGGUGGCCCAUUUCACUAAUUGUCUAAUUUGAGAAAAAUUCAGAGGCUAUGGAGGCCUAAUGGUUCAGCUAAACUUCUGAAGAUGCAAAUGUCUGUUUUCUAAAUCCUUCACCCACUUUUAACUCCCCACUGACACUCUUAGGUUCUACUCACAAAAUUUUUAAUGAGCUGUUGAUGUAAGAAUGUGUGUUAUAGUUGAUUCUCGCAUCCAAGUUCAAGAAAUGUCUUGAAAUUUUAAAGGCUCAGCCUAUCUCAAAAAUUAAAAAGCUAGAUAAAAUA